CGCGAGCCUUCCGAACUCUUGGCUAAAAUUUCCAACGACCCUUCAUUUUCCUCUGGUAGAUCUCGUACCGAAAGAGAGCAAAUUCAGCGUUCACACUCCCUUUCCUCUCUCGCCUUUUCCUUUCCACCUCGCUCACUCCGAGCAUACAGUUCGGCAGCAAUGCCUCCCUCCCAGCUCAAACGCCUCAAGGCGUCUCUCCGCGAGCAAGGCAUAACCGGGCCCCAAAAGUCCAAGAAGGAAAAGAAGAACCAGAAGAACAGCGGCGCCGACGCCCGCGCAAAGAAAGCCAGCGCCCUCUCCGCCAUCCGCGAGGCCGCCAACCCAUUCGACUUCAAGCAUCUCUCGCGCCCCAAGAAAUUCGAAUACACCACCAGCCGAACCGAAGAUGCGAGCAAAGUCCUGGGCCGGCCGGGUGUCACGAAGAGCCAGGGCGAGGAGGCGAGGCGCAAGACGCUGCUGCCGGAGAUGAACAAGCGCAACAAGGUUGGAGGCAUAUUGGAUCGACGUAUCGGCGAGAACGAUCCCUCAAUGACGCUGGACGAUCGCAUGAUGGCGCGUUUCGAGCAGGAGCAGCAGAGGAAGAGGGGAAAUGUGUUCGAUCUUGAGGAUGAUGAGGACGAGGUCAUGCUCACGCACGGUGGCAAGUCUCUGAAUUUCGAUCUGGGAGGACAGGAGGACUACGAUGCAGGAAGCGUGAGUGGGGAUAGCGUCGGCGACUCCGAUGGCUUCCUGCAGCGGAAACGAAGGAGAGAUGACGAUGAGGAGGAAGACAAUGCAGAUGAGCCAAAGGAGGACGAGCCAGAGCGGAAGAAGAGUAAGGCGGAGGUCAUGAAGGAAGUCAUCGCCAAAUCCAAAAUGCACAAGUAUGAGCGCCAGCAACAGAAGGAGGACGAUGAUGAGCUGCGAGAAGAGCUUGACAAGGAUUUACCUGAUAUUCUCGCUGCCCUUAGGGGUCACAUCAGCAAAAAGGAUCAGCCUCCCUCUGCGCCCCCUAAAGAUGCGCCGAAAGAAGCCCCACGGGACGACUUCAGUAUUAAUCCUGAACGCGCUGCAUUGCUAGCUGGUAAAUCUCGAGCAGAGGUUGAUAAGGAAUACGACAUAAGGAGACGCCAGAUGCUUUCUGACCAGAAGGCCAAACCUACGUCGCGAACCUUGACCGAGGAAGAGAAAGCUAAAGAAGAAGCGGACCAGCUGAAAGAGUUGGAAGAACGAAGGCAAAAACGAAUGAGGGGCGAGGCCGACGAGGACUCCGAUGCUGAAUCUAAGGACAACAAAAAGGAUUUGCAAGAGGAGGAGGACGAAGAGGAUGAGGAGCAGGACGACGCGGCAGAAUUCGGCCUGGCCCAGAAACCUGGCAGACGACCUGAAGGUUUCGAGGACGAGGAAGACGACUUCAUUUUUGAUGAUGUUGAAAGUGGCUCCGAACUCGAAGGAUCCGGAUCGGAAGAGUCCGAUAGCGACAUUGACGAUACCAUGGGUCUGGAAGACGAAGACGAGGAGUUCCUUGCUGUCCUUAAAGAUCCAUCUACCAAAGCAAAGACACAAGAAGGACCUGUGGCAAGCGAUGGCGAGGCGAAGGCAUCAAGCCUGCCAUACACCUACUCGUGCCCUCGAUCCCUCGAUGAAGUUUUGGUGCUCUUUGGAAAAAUACAGGAAGACGACAUUCCCAAGGUGGUUCAGCGCAUUCGUGCUCAGUAUCAUUCCGGCCUCCACUCCGAUAACAAGCAUAAGCUCACCGACUUUGCUUGUGCGCUGGUUGACUGGAUUGCACAAUCGCAGCUCGCAGUAUCUCUUGCCGUACAGGAAAGUGUGAUCAGACACAUUCACUCCUUGAACCGAUCAUAUUCGAUUGCCAUUGGUACUCGAUUCCGUGAGCACCUUAAGAGACUCGCCACUGUAUCCCUCUCGGAAGUUACUCCUGGGGACCUGUGCCUUCUCACCGCAAUCGGAUCAAUCUAUGAAACUUCAGCACACUUUGAGCAAGUGAGCACUCCAGCCAUCACUAUCAUGGCAAGAUGGAUGGGACUCUUGAACACCGUAUCAACCGCGCAAGAAGUCUCCAUCACAGCCUACCUCGCAGCACUAAGUCUACACUACCAACGAGUCUCGAAACGCUACCUACCAGAGACUGUACGAUCCACUGUACUCUGCCUGAAGUCCGACCACGUAGAAAAAGACACACUGGCCGCCCACUGCAAGAACAUCUCCACCAUGGUGGACACCUGGUCCAAACUCCCCGCAUUCAUCGAAAUCAUGACCCCCCUCCUCGAACCCCUAGCCCUCCACAAAUCGCAAGCAGCUCCCACCCUACAGCGCGUCCGCAUAUCAAUCCAAACCGCGCGUCUCCGCCGCCGACCGCAGGAGCUCCACCAUCACCGACCCCUUCCCAUCAAAUCCUCCAUCCCCAAGUUCGAAGAAGCCUUCGACCCCAACAAGCACUACGACCCGGACCGCGAGCGCGCCGACGCGGCCAAGCUCCGCAAGGAGUACAAGCGCGAGCGCAAGGGUGCGCUCCGAGAGCUCCGCAAGGAUGCAAACUUCAUUGCGAGGGAGAAGCUCAGGGACAAGAAGGAGAAGGACAGGGCGUACGAGGAGAAGUACAAGAGGCUCGUCGCGGAGAUCCAGGGCGAGGAAGGCAGGGAGGCGAAGGCGUACGAGAGGGAGAAGAAGGCGAGGAAGAGGAGCAAUUAGAUCUAGAUACCUUAUAUGGUUGUAGUAUAUGCAUAGUCAGGUCGUUGGGACACUGCCAGAAAAGAUUUUGUUUCAUG